UCUAUAAAAAUACCUGCUUAAAAUCCUAACAACUAUACAGAGUAAAUAACCCAGCCAACGAGUUUUCAUGACAUCAACUAAACAAAAAUAAAAAGAAAAGAAAAAGCUGCAUCACUGGCUUUUCAUAAUUUUCAUAAUUCCAUGGCAUAUCGCUUCUUAUAAAGAAAACCAUUAACAAGCAUAAAUCAUGCGUGAAUGUAUAUCAGUACAUGUCGGCCAAGCCGGAGUCCAAAUAGGCAACGCCUGUUGGGAAUUGUACUGUUUGGAGCAUGGAAUCCAACCUGAUGGACAGAUGCCAUCUGACAAGACAGUUGGAGGAGGUGAUGACAGUUUCAACACCUUCUUUACCGAAACCGGAGCUGGGAAACACGUGCCACGGGCCGUUUUUAUCGAUUUGGAACCCACCGUGGUGGAUGAAGUAAGAACUGGAACAUACAGGCAAUUGUUCCAUCCCGAGCAGCUGAUUACUGGUAAAGAAGAUGCCGCCAAUAAUUAUGCCAGAGGACAUUACAGUAUUGGCAAGGAAAUUGUUGAUUUGGUGAUGGAUCGCAUCAGGAAACUGGCUGAUCAAUGCACCGGUCUACAGGGUUUCUUUAUUUUUCAUUCGUUUGGAGGUGGCACUGGGUCAGGUUUUACUUCUUUGCUCAUGGAAAGAUUGUCUGUGGAUUACGGUAAAAAAUCCAAGUUGGAGUUCGCUAUCUAUCCUGCCCCACAGAUUUCCACGGCUGUUGUUGAACCCUACAACGCCAUUUUAACCACCCACACCACCCUCGAGCAUUCAGAUUGCGCCUUUUUAGUCGACAACGAAGCCAUUUACGACAUUUGUCGCCGUAAUUUGGACAUUGAAAGACCGACCUACACCAACUUAAACAGAUUAAUCGGCCAAAUAGUCUCGUCCAUCACAGCUUCUUUGAGGUUUGACGGUGCUCUAAACGUCGACUUAACCGAGUUCCAGACCAACCUGGUACCAUAUCCUCGCAUCCAUUUUCCAUUGGCUACCUACGCUCCUGUAAUCUCCGCCGAAAAAGCCUACCACGAACAAUUAAGCGUGGCCGAAAUCACCAACGCGUGCUUCGAACCCGCCAACCAGAUGGUUAAGGUCGAUCCCAGACACGGUAAAUACAUGGCUUGCUGUAUGUUGUACAGAGGCGACGUGGUGCCCAAAGACGUGAACGCAGCCAUCGCCACCAUCAAAACCAAGCGUACCAUUCAGUUUGUGGACUGGUGUCCAACCGGGUUCAAAGUUGGUAUCAACUACCAACCACCAACAGUUGUACCUGGAGGUGAUUUAGCCAAAGUACAGAGAGCCGUUUGCAUGUUGUCCAACACCACUGCUAUUUCUGAGGCGUAUGGUCGUUUAGAUCAGAAGUUUGACUUGUUGUAUGGCAAGCGGGCUUUUGUACAUUGGUAUGUUGGUGAAGGUAUGGAGGAGGGUGAGUUUUCCGAGGCAAGAGAGGAUUUGGCGGCUUUGGAGAAAGAUUUUGAAGAAGUUGGAAUUGACUCCGGUGAUGGUGAAGGCGAAGGAGGGGCUGUAGCGGAUCAACAGCCAGCUGGCACGAAGAAAGAACAGAAAUUCCUGCGUGAAUGUAUAUCAGUACAUGUCGGCCAAGCCGGAGUCCAAAUAGGCAACGCCUGUUGGGAGUUGUACUGUUUGGAGCAUGGAAUCCAACCUGAUGGACAGAUGCCAUCUGACAAGACAGUUGGAGGUGGUGAUGACAGUUUCAACACCUUCUUCAGCGAAACCGGCGCCGGAAAACACGUGCCACGGGCCGUUUUUAUCGAUUUGGAACCCACUGUGGUGGAUGAAGUAAGAACUGGAACAUACAGGCAAUUGUUCCAUCCCGAGCAGCUCAUUACUGGUAAAGAAGAUGCCGCCAAUAAUUAUGCUAGAGGACAUUACAGUAUUGGCAAAGAAAUUGUUGACUUGGUGAUGGACCGCAUUAGGAAACUGGCUGAUCAAUGCACCGGUCUACAGGGUUUCUUUAUUUUCCAUUCGUUUGGAGGUGGCACUGGAUCAGGUUUUACUUCUUUGCUCAUGGAGAGAUUGUCUGUGGAUUACGGUAAAAAAUCCAAGUUGGAGUUCGCUAUCUAUCCUGCCCCACAGAUUUCCACGGCUGUUGUCGAACCUUACAACGCCAUUUUAACCACCCACACCACCCUCGAGCAUUCCGAUUGCGCCUUUCUUGUCGACAACGAAGCCAUUUACGACAUAUGUCGACGUAAUUUGGAUAUUGAAAGACCGACGUACACCAACUUAAACAGAUUAAUCGGCCAAAUAGUUUCGUCCAUCACAGCUUCUUUGAGGUUUGACGGUGCUCUAAACGUCGACUUAACCGAGUUCCAGACCAACCUGGUACCAUAUCCUCGCAUCCAUUUCCCCCUGGCUACCUACGCUCCUGUAAUCUCCGCCGAAAAAGCCUACCACGAACAAUUGAGCGUGGCUGAAAUCACCAACGCGUGCUUCGAACCCGCCAACCAGAUGGUGAAGUGCGAUCCCAGACACGGUAAAUACAUGGCUUGCUGUAUGUUAUACAGAGGCGACGUGGUGCCCAAAGACGUGAACGCAGCCAUCGCCACCAUCAAAACCAAGCGUACCAUUCAGUUUGUCGACUGGUGUCCAACCGGGUUCAAAGUUGGUAUCAACUACCAACCACCAACAGUUGUACCUGGAGGUGAUUUAGCCAAAGUACAGAGAGCCGUUUGCAUGUUGUCCAACACCACUGCCAUUUCUGAGGCGUAUGCUCGUUUAGAUCAGAAGUAUGACUUGUUGUAUGGCAAGCGUGCUUUUGUACAUUGGUACGUGGGCGAGGGUAUGGAGGAAGGAGAGUUUUCCGAGGCAAGAGAGGAUUUGGCGGCUUUGGAGAAAGAUUUCGAGGAAGUUGGAAUUGACUCCGGUGAUGGUGAAGGCGAAGGAGGUGAAGAAUAUUAAAUUUGCUCACAACUUGUACUCAUUAUUUGUCUAUGUCUGUAAUAAAUUAAUCUUGGCAAA